GUCGCCCUUUUCCCAGUACUAUUAAUUUGUCUCACUCACGACUCGCGGGGGGAAGGAAGAUGGCAUCCUGCUCUCAUCACUCAGAUCAUGUCCCUAGCGACCCCAGACACCCUGACCUCCAGUGGCCAAGAAACUCGGCCCACGUACUCGCGACGUUUUGGCCGCAAAUAUUAUGGGUUUGACGAUCUCUCCCAUGCCAGCGUAUGCCACCGAAAGUUUGGGAAAGUGCGGACCGACUGCCGAUUUCGAGUAUCUCAAUCGAAAUGGGGGUGCUUGGGAGAGGCUUCGAGUCCAGCGGGCAUCGUGUACAUGGACCUUUCAUUCGUUCAAUCCGCCGAUUGCAGGCUUUCGAGUGCCACGGUAGAGAUCACCCUGCAAAGGCGCCCCGAUUCGGCUCGUACAAGCAGCCGAGGUGAAAGAGCAUCGCCCCAGCUCCAAUUCAUUGACCACUACGGGCCGAAAUAUCUGAGCGGGGAGCCAAAGGAUGUCGUCAAGAAGACAGUCCUGCAUCUUACACCCCAGAUCAACGUGCUCGGGAGCGGCGGCGGCGGCAUCGGCGUCGACAGGGAAAAGUCGAUCACCCACGAGAAUCGCUGGACAUUCACGGGUCAUCUGCAUACUGCACAGAAGACAGAUCUGGCAUACAGGACGCUGAAAUGGGAGCUCCGGGAGAAUGACCUGGACUGCCAGUCCAUCCAUAACAACAUGAUCCAUACUGCCUUCGCUUUUCAACACGGCGAGGAGCCAUUCAUCAUGCGGGUUGACAUCAAAGGGAGGCUACAAAGAAGCAGGGACCGGUUCAAGGACAAGUUCCGACAAUUGCGAUUUCCACCCCCUCAUGAGAAGAACCAGGGAUCCAGUGAUAUACUAGUCCGUCCGCAGAGAGGUGACCAGCUUACAUACCGCCGGCUCGAUAUCCUGGCACAGGAUCUGCAUAUUGCCAUGGAGAGGGAGAAUUACCUGCAUAUCCCGGUGCAGAUUCCCACGGCCCUACCCCUAUCCUUCUCGGAGAGCAAUGAGGCAGCUUCUAUAGCAGCAUCACUCAAUACAGAACGUAUUGUGAGUGUGCCUGAAGACACAGUUGUGAGGGAGCUGGCGGAACUUUCGCCUACGUUAGGUGAUUCUACUCGAUAUCCCAAAACAAUCCGAUCGUCGGCCUCGGAAUCCUCUUCUUCGACAACAUUAGUAGCUACUCCAGAGUACCACGAUGCCGGCAAUCCAAUCGACCCUGGAGAUUCGAAACUAGGAAAUGCUGUAUAUACCUUCCGAGUGCCAUUAACCGAUGACCAGGAUGACCUGCGGGCACCUGGAAUUCCAGCGAAAAUCCCUACACCUUCAGCGGAAGCGAGUCAAUUCCCCAGAGCGAAAGGUGAAGGGUUGGUAGUUAGGGAGGUAGACCCUGCCCAGGACGCAUUGGUACUUCUGUCACAAUAUCCGCCGUUAAUGGCUUUGAUUCAGGUGCUCGCAUCUCUCCUCAAAAUACUUGGGAUGGCAAAGGGGCAAAGCCAAUCUGAAGCUCGGGAAAGCGACGGAAAAGCCCCGUGAGAGUGCCAUGGCGAACAAUAGUCAAGGGAACUGCAAAGGUAGACUAAGGCUGUAUAGCAGAAUUGAGUCGAACAAAACAAUGGUAACAGAAUUAUUU